AUGAAUAAUGUGGGUAGCGUGUUGGCUUUUGAGGAUUUUAAGAACGUGUCACCUACAUUGGAAGAGAAGCAAUCGCUGCUGUUGGUCACCUUUUUCCAGAAGAAGAAUGAAUUCAAUCGGAACGAGACACAAAUGACAUCUGCGCCGCAGCCCACCAGUAACUCGGAAAUCAUCGAUCGUCUGAAUUCAAUUUCAUCUGACGUUGAGAACUUGAAACAGUUGUUCUAUGACUUUUCAAAGCGGGUUAUGGCUGAUCUAGAGCUAUUCAAGAAUACCUUCAUUAUUUCUGCAACAAAUGAUGGAAAAAAAAGUGAAGACACCACUGAUGCAUUUGGAUUGGAAACGGAUAAUAUCAAUGGGAAUGUGCAUUCAUCGCCGAUAAAGGAUAAGAUUUCUGCUAGAAAUGAUGGAAAAAACACUGAAUACACCACUGAUGCAUUUGGAUUGGAAACGGAUAAUAUCAGUGGGAAUGUUCAUUCAUCGCCGAUAAAGGAUAAGUCUGGCCACGAGAAUGUUGUUACCGCAGUUACAACGAAAUCAGAAGCGCUCCAGAAACGUGCACAAGAUAAAUCUGGGCACGAGAAUGUCGUCACCGCAUUUAGGACGAAAGCAGAAGCUCUGCAGAAACGUGCAGAAGAUAAAUCCAAGCAGGAGACUGUUGUUAAGUCCGGGCAGGAGAAUGUUGUUACCGCUAUUAGAACGACAUCAGAAGCUCUCCAAAAACGUGCAGAAGAUAAAUUCGGGCAGGAGACUGUUGUUAAGUCCGGGCAGGAGACUGUUGUUACUGCUAUUAGCACGAAAUCAGAUGCUCUCCAAACACGUGCAGAAGAUAAAGCUAUUGGAGAAAGCCGGGAUCACGAUAUUAUCAGCCCGGCGGAAGAUGAUGACCCUUUUUCACCAAUCAACACUCAGUUUCUAGUUGAGGUAGAUACUGCAGAAAAAAUUAACUUGGCCUUAAAAGAAAAGAAUCAGUCUGAAGUAGGUGCGGAUCAAAGAAAUGUAGAUGGUGGAAAGAUUAGUGAAAAUGUUGAACCAGUUAGCACCGCACUUGUUGUCUUCCGAGAUACCGGCAACCAACCUCCCUGUGAUAUUAAUUUGAAAAAAAAAAAAGAAAAGAGACUCGAGGAAGAAUCUUCUCCAAAAGUCUUGCCCUUUUGA